UGCGAUGACAAUGGGUCCUUGAAGGUGGUAUUCGCUUUUGUUGCCGAUUUUAUCAGCCAAGCCGAAUUUAAAAACAUUGUUUUGUAUUCUCUCCAUACCAUACCUGCAGCGAGGUGGUGACGAGAGCAGCUAGAGGAGAAGCGAUGGCGAAUCACGAAGUUGUGAAUCAAGGUUUUGCCCCAGAGGCUGGCGGCUACGAGUUAAGAUCCACUGCAGUUUCUGUGCCCGGUCAGGCGCCAAGGAAAAAUGGCUCAAAUAAUAAUAAUCUGCUCAAGUUAAUAGUAAUUCUCGUGGUCAUACUUAUAGUUGGGAUCGUUGUUAUCGGCGUGUUCUAUGCAAAGGAAGUCAGGGAUAACGAUGACGAAGAUGCUCAUACCCAAAAAACGCCAACGAAAUCUCCAACUCGAAGUACGACGAUUCCUCCGUGUGUUGUGACGAAAAAUGCAUUCAAAACGCCGCAGCUAUAUUAGGAUACAUGAACAGAUCUGUGGAUCCGUGCGAAGAUUUCUAUUCCUUUGCAUGCGGUGGUUGGCAAGCCAAGACCUUCAUACCAACGACUGAAACAUCAGUUCAUAUAUUUUGGGAGUUGAAUAAUCGCAACAAGCAGUUUAUGAGAAACCUUUUAGCGAACCCUGGAACAAAGACCAAGUAUUUCUCGAACCGAGCAGUGAUGAAGGCAAUGGAUUACUAUCAAGCAUGUCUAUCAGAACCAUCGGUCGAUGCACAAGGUGACAUAUAUUUAAAAGAAGUCGUUGCUAUGUUGGGUGGAUCGAAUCUAACGACUCCGAACUGGAAUUCCUCUGAGUACGAUGUUCGAAAAGCGAUGCUCACAACCGUCACGGAAUUCGCUGUUCAACCUUUCUUUUCCGUGGAUGUUUUCCCUGACUUUGCAAACUCUUCAAGAAAGAGUUUUGGGAUCUUGGAGGGUACCAUCGGGCUUUCCACCAUUUUCUAUGUCGAGACAAAUUCAACUCAAGACUUCUAUGGGAAGACUCGUGACUCGUACAAACGAUACAUGGUUGAUGUCAUGGUUUUGUUUGGAGUUGACCGGAAAGAUGCUGAGAAACAAAUGAAUGAAGUAUACAUGUUGGAGAAAGACAUUGCAAUGAUCUAUAGGAAUCACAAUGGACGCCCAAGUUCUACGACGAUUCGCCAACUUUCCAACCACACAAACUUUGAUUGGUAUUCGUUUCUGACUGGAAUCUCAGCUCGGCAAAGUUAUAAUUUGUCGAAAGAUGAGGUUGUUUUGGUCAAGACAAAAGAUAUCUUGAGACACGUGGCGGCAUUGAUAGAUAGUACGGAUCCAGGAGUUUUAUCGAAUUACAUCGCGUGGACAGUGGUCAAAGACGUGAUACGACAUUUACCAAAUGCUUACGUCAAUGCACGCCUUGCUUACAAACGACGCAUUCACGGCGAGUCGUACGAGGAUCUUGAACGAUGGGAUUUCUGUUAUGAAGAAACAAAGAAAGCAUUUCCGAUGGCCAUUGGCUUGAUGUAUGUUGAUGAAAAAUUGAAUCCAGAUGCCAAAGCACGGGCAAAUGAAAUAUUUGAGGAAAUAAGAAGUGAGUUUUUGAGAGAGCUUGAUGAGCAAACUUGGAUGGAUAACGCUACCAAGAGAAAUGCAAGAGAAAAGGCCGUGGCAUCAAAAAUUCUGGUAGGGUACCCGGAUUUCAUUAAGAAUGAAGAAAAGUUAAAUGCCGAAUACGAAGCCAUUCAAGUUAAUCGAAGCGAACAUCUUAGGACUGUUUUCUCAACGAAGACAGCGGCUUAUAUGAAGAAAGUCGCCGAUUACAAGAAGCCCGUGGAUAGAGAUGCAUUCUCUCACUCACCAGCAGAUGUUAAUGCCUUCCACUAUCCACAGGAAAACAAAAACAUUUUCCUGGCUGGAAUAUUGAACCCUCCUUUCUACAGCGAUAGAAAUCUCAGAGCAUCAAAUUAUGGAGGAAUUGGUAUGGUAGCUGGUCACGAGUUGACUCAUGGCUUUGACAGCACUGGUCGGUUCUAUGACAAGGAUGGUAACAGCCGUAAUUGGUGGACGAGAAAUUCAUCAAUCGAAUUUUCAAGAAAAAGCAAGUGCAUUAUCGACCAAUACGGCAGUUUUGAAAUGUUUGGAAAAAAUGUAAACGGAAUUUUAACCCUCGGAGAAACUAUUGCUGACAACGGAGGUCUAAAAUUUGCUUACGAGGCGUACAAACAGUGGGUGGCAAAAAAUGGCGAAGAGCAAAGGUUACCUGGUCUGGAUUACACUCCAUAUCAGCUGUUCUUUUUGUCAUAUGCACAGGAAUGGUGUUCUAAGUAUACACUUCCGGGUGCUUUGGAUCAACUCGAUAACAAACCUUGGCCACCAAUGAACCUCAGAGUGGAAGGUGCAAUUAUGAACUCCGAGGGAUUUGCAGAGGCAUUCCGGUGUCCCCGAGGGUCACGCAUGAACCCCGAGAAGAAGUGCAGCGUCUGGUAAUCAUUAUAAGGUGGCUAUAACCGAUAUUUUUCAAAAGCCACAAAUCGUGUUCGUUAUUUAAAUUUAAUAUAUAUGCACUGUUAUUUCAUACACCAAUUCUUCACUUAUACCCCUUGACAUUUUCCACACUUUAUUUCAACUUUAUGAUAGCUUUAUGCUCAUUUGUAAACUCCGGCGCUUUUAAAAAAUAUGUACACAUUUUCAUUCUAAUUAACCGAACUUUAGGUUUGAUUACGGUAUUGAAAUUUUAAUAAAUUUUCUGAACUCGGGUAUGGGACAUACACAAACAAUGCACGUCACCAAUCACUAGGUAAAGCGCUAUAAGAUUCCGUUUAAAGGUAAAUUAAAAAACCCACCGAAUAUAAUCGAAUUCGUUCAAACAUCAUUAACUGGUUAAAAAAAAUCUUAAAUGUUUGUUUUGAGCAUAACAGGAUUGCUGUUUGAAUGUAAAUUAAAAAUUACAUGUGGU